UGAAUACUACUGUAAGUUCAAACAUAUAUAGACACAGUUCUGUCCUUUUAAAUGGGCAGAAUUUCAUGAAAUUUUAGAGCUAGUUCUAAAGUGGGCACAUAGAGAUAGAACUAGAGAUACAGAAAUGUUGAAAGUUAUCUGAGUUCCACCUCCCCUUCAUCCUACCCUCACCCUCAGAAGAUAGGCCUUCUGUGUAUGUGAGUAUAUUUAAUGACUUUAUCAUUUUGUUAUUUAAAAAUGGAUCUAAUACUACUCUACUUUCUCAAAGACACAGUAGUUCCCUUGGCAAUAAGAUAUUUGAAGAUCAUGCUUUUGAUAAUCAUGGUUAAUUUUGCAGGUGGCAGACACAGCAGUGUGCCUGGGUAAUGAACUAUAAUUCCCAGAGUGCAUCUCUAGGAGGAUUCUGGGAAGCAUUGCAGAAGUAUGUGUUUGGCAGCUGUAGUUAACUUUGAAGGACUUAGCAGCCGGCAUGGGGAUUAAACUACACUUCCCAGAGUGCAUCUUUAGGAGGAUUCUGGGAAGUGUGGCAGAAGUAGCAAUGGUCCCUCCGGGAAGGGCAGCCAUUGGAACUUUGGUAUUUGGAGUUUCCUGGUUUCUGCUGAUUCUUGAAGGUGCCCCCAAAAGAAUUCAGAGACCUAACAAUGUUCCUGUAUUGUGGAAUAGCUUGCAGGAGAAAAUCUUUUUGGUGCUAUAGGCUGCUGUCAACCUACGUGACUAAGACACGGUUAAGUAUAGGCUUCAUCAAUGGUCCCUUCACUAGAGACAAAGAGCUGACAGUGGCCACUGUGGGAGCUAGAUGUUUGAAACAAAGGUAUUUAUUUGAACUGAAGGAAGAUGAUGAUGCAUGUAAAAAAGCCCAGCAGACAGGAGCAUUUUACCUCUUUCACAGGCUGGCUCCUUUGCUUCAGACUUCAGCACAUCGAUACUUGGCCCCCCGGCAUAGCCUGUUAGAGUUGGAAGGGCUCCUGGGUAAAUUUGGACAGGAUGCACAAAGAAUAGAAGAUUCUGUGCUGAUUGGAUGCUCUGAACAGCAUGAAGCAUGGUUUGCUUUGGAUCUAGGUCUCGACAGCUCCUCUUCCACAAGUGCCUCCUUACAGAAAUCAGAAAUGGAGGCAGAGCUCAAGGGAUCUUUCAUUGAGCUGAGAAAGGCUCUUUUUCACCUGAAUGUGAAGGAUGCCUCCUUGCUUUUCACGGCUCAGGCUCUUCUCCAUUGGCAUCAUACACAUCAGUUUUGCAGCAGAAGUGGGCAGCCCACCAGGAAGAACAUGGCUGGCAGCAAGCGUGUGUGCCCUUCCAAUAAUAUCAUCUAUUACCCACAGGUGGCUCCUGUGGUGAUCACUCUGGUGUCAGAUGGGACCCGCUGCCUGCUUGUCCGUCAGAGCUCCUUUCCCAAGGGAAUGUAUUCUGCCUUGGCAGGGUUUUGUGAUAUAGGUGAAAGUCUGGAAGAGACUGUCCGGCGGGAAGUUGCAGAAGAGGUGGGAUUGGAGGUGGAAAGUCUGCAGUACUCUGCAUCCCAGCACUGGCCCUUUCCUAAUAGCUCACUCAUGAUUGCUUGUCAUGCAACUGUGAAACCAGGGCAGACAGAGAUCCAGGUGAACUUGAGAGAAUUAGAGGCAGCUGCCUGGUUUAGUCAUGAUGAAGUGGCCACAGCCCUGAGGAGGAAGGGCCCUAAUAUUCAGCAACAGAAUGAGACUUUCCCAUUCUGGUUGCCCCCCAAAUUAGCCAUUGCCCACCAACUGAUUAAGGAGUGGGUAGAAAAACAGACCCAUUCUUCUCUGCCUGCCUAGCCCAGAUCAAGUCACCUAGAUCCCUCUUCUUGGAAUGCCUGAGGGGCACACCAGAUAUCAAUUGGCAAAGGGGAAAUGACAAAGGCCAGCUUCAGGCCAACCUCAUAAGGCAGAACAGAAGGUGAGCCUACCGUGGGAAGCAUCAAUGAAAGAAGUUCCUACUAAUGAGCAAUCCAAAAUGCCAGUGUGAGAAAAAAAUUGAUGAGACGUCAACUAUCAAACUUAGAGGGAAGGUUGGUUGUGGUGGCUCAUUCCUAUAAUCCUAGCACUUUGGGAGACUGAGGCAGUAGGAUCGCUUGAGCCCAGGAGUUUGA